AUGAUUGCCUUGUCGAACGUACUGGUGACAUUAGCUCCAUAUGCUACGUUCACAAUUUUUGCCAUAGUUAAGUCGGUCCAUGGAGGAGACACGCUUCUACCUACCCGAGUGUUCACGUCACUGUCGUUGAUCUCCUUGAUGACAGAGCCACUUCUCAACUUCAUUCAAGCCCUUCCGCAGCUGUACCAAUCACUGUCAUGUUUUGAUCGUAUUGAAGAGUACUGUGUCCAAGCGCCGUUCGGCGCACCCACUGGGAGAUCUUUGACUGAGGCGAAUAUCGAAUUAUCCUCAACCCAUGCGUUACCCCUGGACUCGGUGCUCGAGUUCCAAGGUGCCAGCUUUUCCUGGUCACAGGGAUCCAACCCUGUUCUUCAGGAUCUGAACCUCUCCAUCAAAAAGGGCAACAUCACCGCCAUCAUAGGUUCGGUUGGAAGUGGAAAAUCGACCCUGUUGGAAAGUGCUAUAGGAGAAACCAUUUGCAAAAACGGCUCUAUGACUUCUUUUCAGUCAAUGGUAGCCUACUGUCCGCAGACACCAUGGAUCAUCAACGACACCAUCCGUCAAAAUAUCACCGGUGCCACGACUUUUGAUCCCAAGUGGUACAAUUUUGUCGUUUGGGCAUGCGCAUUGGAGAAUGAUUUUCAGAAUAUCCCGGGUGGGGAUAUGUCCAAGGCUGGAAGCUCUGGUAUAACGCUUAGCGGUGGACAAAAGCAGAGAAUAUCUCUCGCUCGGGCCGUCUAUUCACGAGCAGCAACAUUAGUUCUGGAUGAUGUGUUCAGUGGCCUCGACAACAAGUCUGUUGCUGCAAUCUCUAAUCGUCUCUUUGCAGCAGAUGGUCAUUUCAAGGCAUCUGGAAGAACAGUCGUCCUUGUAACUCAUAAUCACCGCUUACUACCAUUUGCGGACAAGAUUGUCCUGCUGGAGGGUGGGAAAAUCAUUCUUACAGGGACCUACGAUCAAGUUCGCUCAACUUGGCCAGAAGAUUCACAUGAUCAAGUCCACGAGAGCGGCUCUGAUGAUGGAAACACCAUCAUUGAGAAGACGGGAGCGGCUACCACCAUUUUGAGUAACAUCGGUGCGACCGAGGCAGAUAACACAGACGCAGAUAACUCCCGCAGGAAAGGUAACUGGUCUGUUUACACCUACUACUUUGAAAGUAGCGGGCGAGUCCUCAUUGCAAUCCUCGCUGCGUCAAUAGCUAUUGUUUCAUUUGUCGACAAAUUCUCAACGGUAUGGCUGCAACAGUGGUCCGAUUACAAUGAGAAACAUCCGAACCAAGAGCUCGGGCUUUACAUUGGCGUCUACACUGUCCUUUUCUCAAUCGGUGUCUUUUGUCUGAUAUCUGCCUGCUGGGUACUUUUUGUGAAAGUGAUCAACAACUCGGGCCUUAGAAUGCAUUCAUACUUGCUCAAAACUACCUUGAGUGCACCUUUCAACUUCUUUCAGAAAGUAGAUGCUGGCCUGACGACGAACCGUCAGGAUUUAGAACUGAUUGACAUGAACCUACCGCUCGAUGCUGUGAACACGUCCAUGUCAUUCACAAAUUGUGUAGUACAACUGAUACUUCUUUGCAUUAUGGGUAAAUAUCUCACUGUGACGGUUCCUGUUCUUGCAGUCGUUCUGUUCUUCGUCCAAAAUUACUACCUGCGGACAUCUCGCCAGGUACGACUACUAGACAUCGAAGCCAAGUCUCCACUCUUCACCCACUUCGUGGAAACCAUGCAGGGAAUCUCGGUAAUUCGAGCCAUGCGCUGGCAGAACCCAUUCCAGGAACGCCUAGAGGAGCUUCUCAAUCAGUCGCAGAAGCCAUUCUAUAUGCUUUAUUGCAUCCAGCAAUGGCUGCAGCUCGUUCUUGACUGCAUUGUUAUGGCGCUGGCCAUCAUCCUCGUUACGCUAGUCGUCUCACUAAAGGACCAGUUUAGUGCCGGCGCGAUCGGUGUUGCAUUGAAUUUGAUUUUGAGCUUUAAUCAGGAUUUGAUGAUUCUGAUCAAGAUGUGGACUUCUCUCGAGACCUCCAUCGGAGCGGUCUCGCGUGUACAGGACUUCGUUGCGAGUACGCCGCUCGAGGACCAGGGCCAGGAGUCGCUUGGUCCACCUCCGGCGCAGUGGCCUUCUCGUGGGAAGAUCGAAUUCAAAGACGUCAAAGCCACGUACAACCCGACAUCUGCGCCCGUUUUGACCGAUCUGUCUUUGACUAUUCGUCCGGGUGAGAAGGUCGCUAUCUGCGGCCUGUCCGGUAGUGGCAAGACAUCAUUCAUUCUCGGAUUACUGCAAAUGAUUGAAGUACAGGAAGGGGCCAUCAAAAUCGAUGAUGUCGACCUAUCAACCCUCUCCUGCGGCGCUGUCUGGUCUCGUGUCAAUGUAGUUCCCCAAGAUCCAUUCUUCAUGCCAGGAACCCUCAGAUUCAACUUGGACCGGGACUCUGAAAUUAAUCCAGUCUCGGAUGCGUGUCUCAUUCAAGCCCUGGAGACCGUGGGCCUCUGGAAGAAGAUCUGCGGCACUUCCCAGGGUCGUGGAGAACUUGACCAGGAACUAUCAUUGUCAGACUGGUCCAUGGGUGAGCGACAGCUACUUGCUCUGGCACGAGCGGUAGUGACGAAGAGCUCAAUUCUCAUUCUAGAUGAGGCAACUAGCAGUGUGGACUGGGAUACGGAAGCAAUCAUGCAGAACAUCUUUGAGCGGGAAUUUUCUUCGCAGACGGUUAUAUCUGUCAUCCAUAGUCUUCGAUAUAUUGAACGGUUCGAUCGCGUGGCUUUAUUGAAGCGUGGUCAGUUGGUAGAGCUCGAUACUCCCCAGGCUUUGCUUGCCCGUCCGUCUGAGUUCCGGUCGUUUUACCACGCGAAGCAAAAGGAAUAG